AUGACACCGCGUUCGCAGCGCGUCUCACCUGCCGCUUUGGGCGAUCCAUCCACAAGUCCCGACUGGUCAGUCCCAUUCGAGGUUUUGAUCCCCCAAAACACACGACAUGUCAUGGAUCCCAUCCUCGAUGGUCUAAAUCACGCCCAACGCGAGGCAGUUACCUCCUCUGCCCCGAUCCUCCAGGUUCUUGCGCCUCCGGGCUCAGGCAAAACCAAAACGUUGACUGCACGCGUCGCGUACCUGCUUUCUCACCAUGGCUAUCAACCACAAGAUGUCAUCUGCUGCACGUUCACGAUCAAAGCGAGUCGGGAGAUGCGUGAGCGACUCAGCAAGCUUAUCGGUGAGAAAUUACAGUCGCGGUUGAUUUUAGGUACUUUUCAUUCAAUUUGUCGGCGAUAUCUGGUGAAGUAUGGAUAUUUGAUUGGGCUGCGCAAAGGAUUUGGGAUUGCGGAUUCCGAUGACACAAGGGCAAUUCUUCGGAGAAUAAUCAAGCGUCUGAAUUCCAGCAUGGAUAUGAGAGCAGCACAAGGGCGAAUCUCCAAACACAAGGCCCAAGGGCUUUCUCCGAACGAUCUGGCUGAGCGGGUGAAAGCAGAGGAGCUGGAGCUUGUGGAAAUCUAUCGCGCAUACGAUGAAGCGCUUGCAGCGGCGAAUCUUCUUGACUAUGACGACCUGCUUCUGCGCUGCGGCGAUCUCCUCAGAGAACACCCAGAGUGUGUUUCGAAUGUGCAAACAGUCCUUGUGGACGAGUUCCAAGAUACCAAUAUCAUCCAAUACGAUCUGAUGAACCUGUUCGCCGCCAAGAAUCGACGCAUCACUAUUGUCGGUGACCCCGAUCAAAGCAUCUACGGGUUUCGGUCUGCUGAAAUCCAGAACCUCAGGCGGAUGCAAAAACGAUAUUCGAACACAUCAGUAGUCCUGUUGGAAUCUAACUAUCGCUCUUCGGGGUCAAUCUUGAACUCUGCACAAGACGUCAUCGAACAAGACACGACACGACCAGCGAAGAAACUCGAGGCGACACAUACGUUUGGAACCCUUCCUGUGCUGAGAAAACUGCCCAAUCCCAAUGCAGAAGCGCUUUGGAUGGUCCUUGAAAUCAAACGAAGUGUGGCCAUGACGGGUGGCCUGCUGCGGAUGUCCGAUUUUGCGGUUCUUCUUCGGUCCGCUUCGCUAUCGACCCGCAUCGAGACAGCGUUUGGCCGAGCAGGAAUUCCAUACAAGAUGGUAGGAGGGCGGAAGUUCUUCGAUCGUACCGAGGUGAAAACUCUUCUGAACUAUCUCCGAGUUGUUUGCCACACAGACCAUUCAGACGCCUUGCUUGGUAUCAUCAAUGUUCCCCCGCGACGAAUUGGUGACGAGACUAUCAAACAAUUGACUAGCGGUGCAGAGAAGGCUCAGGUCACUCUAUGGACAUUCAUCAAAGACGUGAUACAGGGCCGCCGAUCAACUGAGAAAAAGUUACAGAAAGCGGCGGAGCUAGGGCUUUGCUCAUUAGUAAAACUGAUCGAAGCAUCCAAACAAAAACUGCAGGAUUGUCAAGAUGCAUCCGCCCCUUGUGUUCUUCUAGAGUACAUCACCGACUGUCUGUCGUUUCAAGAGUAUCUGCUCAAGACCUACCCGCUGGACGAAGACGGUCGCUGGGCAAAUGUUAAAGAACUGAUGGGUCAAGCUACCGACGCUGCAGCCUCCGAGAAUGAGGCAAUUCUCGAAGAAGACUUACCCAAGAUCGAAGGUGUUGAUCAGCAGCAAUCACAUCCGGGGGAAGAGGCUCUGUCCCGGUUUUUGGCCAAUGUUGCCUUGGCCACCGAGGCGCAGACACAGGACGAGGGCGAGGAAGGCUCGGGGAGUGUGACAAUAUCGACGAUUCAUGCCGCCAAAGGCUUGGAAUGGCCCGUUGUGUUCAUUCCCGCCGUUUACAAUGGAAGUAUUCCACACUCACGAGCUGAAGUGGUCGAUGAAGAGAGACGUCUCUUGUACGUUGCAAUGACUCGAGCACAAGCACUUCUGUACUUGAGUCUCCCAGUGAAACAGCCUAGAAUAGGCGAAGGAGAAGAUGGGUCUACGACGUUAACGCCGUUCCUUCCACCCAAGCUGGUCAAGACACGCUUUCGACCGAAAGGUCCUCAAUUCCACGAGAAGGUCGUGUAUGGGAUGGCUGAUAUUCUUCACCGGUCACGGCCGUCGCCUGAGGACCUGUGUAAAGACCUUGCAUCUCUACCAUCUCUAUUGGAUGACAAGUGGACCAGUGAAGGCGAAGAAGUACGCAACGACAACGAUGAAUGGAAUGGCAAGCAAGGCCCCCGUGAUCCAAUUCAAGAACCAUAUCCAAAACGAAGACGGCCGGACACCAAUGGGCCAUCAUCUACAACUUACAUGACAGUGGGGAGUUAUAGCACUGGAAAUUCGUCCAAUUUCACAGUUGCUACGACAAUGUCUUCAGCAGGCUUUACGUCCGCUCGAAACUACAUCGCGGUGAACCCAGCUAUCGACCAAGAUACAAUGACACCGUGCACAACAUCCUCAGGCACGGCCGGCCCGACAGGUAAAUCAAGGGCGCCUAGCAACGUCGGCCAUAAAGAUGGCCUAACCCAAGCCAGCAUCUCAAAUUUCUUUGGCGGACCAGCGUCCUCCGCCCAAAAGUCAGAAUCCGCCCCAGCCAUCCGUCCGCCAACUCAGUCGGGCCCGAGAAACCACCUGACACCCCAGAUCAACUCUCGGCCAGGCGCCACUAUAGUGCCACCCUCGCUCUCUUCCCAUCGUCUCCAGCCACGACCCCUUCAUCCGUCCCGGCCGGUCCUUGAGCCUGCUGAGCCCAGCAAUUACACGUGGAUGGCGGCUCCCUCCCGGCCUGACGCCAUGAAACCUACCCGGAUGCUGACAUCGCAACCACCGCAAGGGAGUGGCAGCAGCAUGGUAGACGUAGGGGCCGGGGCCGGGACAAGCGGAGUGAAACAGGAGAGAUCCACCGGCGGCGUCCGGUCUGUGACGUUUUACACCACUACGAUGGACAAGGUCCGCCAACAAGCCCCAGCAGCGACAGGGCGCCGGACGCUGGGCAUUCGGCGCAGUAUGAAUGGAUGGGAGGAACGGAUGAAGCGGGAAAGAAGCGGCAGCAGUGGCGAUCAGAGGCAUUGA